UGGGCUGGUAGUGGUUAAAGAAGACAAGCCAGGAAGUGAAGCACACUAAUGACCCCACUCCUGGGGUUCUCACUUAUUUCUCAGCUAACCCUUGCUUUCUUGUGAUUUGGAUUUGGAGAGGAGUCUUCAGGGAGCCCAGAGCCUGUACAGCCAAUGGGGCCGUACUGUCCAGUGAAGAGGCUAUGCUGCUAGAUUUAAACAGAGUCUCAAGCUAUUGCUGUGGUUUAUCUUCCAUUUUCUGGCCUGAAAGACAUUCAGGGAAAGAGGAAGAGAUGGCCACUUCUUGGGGCUCAGUGACCUUUGAAGAUGUAACUUUGAAAUUCACUCAAGAGGAGUGGGCACUAUUAAAUCCUUCAGAGAAGAAACUCUACAGAGAUGUGAUGUGUGAAAACUUGAGGAACAUUCUUUCAAUAGGAAAAAUACAAAAACAUUCCACCAAAGAGCAGCAUAACUUGCAUGGGAGUAAACAAAGUAAUACAACAGUGAACAUCUCUGAGGGCAAAGAUAGUCAGAAUGGUAGAAAAUCUCAAGGAUGUGGAGUAUACAACAAAUUAUUUACUUAUUCUAUUCAUCUUCAACAACAUGAAGGAAUUCACAGUGGAAGGAAACCCUAUCAAUGUAAACUGUGUAGUAAAACAUUCAUUUCUUCCAGUCAUCUUCGGACACAUGAAAGAAUUCAUACUGGAGAGAAGCCCUAUCAAUGUAAGCUAUGUAGUAAGACAUUCAGUUCUUCCAGUUAUCUUCAGAUACAUGAAAGAAUUCACAGUGGGGAGAAACCCUAUCAGUGUAAACAAUGUAGUAAAACAUUCUGUCGUUCCAGUAGUCUUUGGACACAUGAAACAAUUCACAGUGGUGAGAAACCCUAUGAAUGUAAAGUAUGUAGUAAAACAUUCAGUUUUUCCAGUAGUCUUCGGACACAUGAAAGAAUUCACAGUGGAGAGAAACCCUAUGAAUGUAAACUGUGUAGUAAAACAUUCAGUUUUUCAAGUACUCUUAAGAAACAUGAAAAAAUUCACAGUGGAGAGAAACCCUAUGAAUGUAAACUAUGUAGUAAAACAUUCCGGCGAUCCUGUCAUCUUUGGCAACAUGAAAGAAUUCACAGUGGAGAGAAACCCUAUGAAUGUAAACUAUGUGGUAAAGCAUUCAGACAAUCUAGUAUACUUAGAUUACAUGAAAGAACUCACAGUGGAGAGAAACCCUAUGAAUGUAAACAAUGUAGUAAAACAUUCAGACAAUCUGGUACACUCAGAUUUCAUGAAAGAAUUCACAGUGGAGAGAAACCCUAUGAAUGUAAACAAUGUAGUAAAACAUUCAGUUCUUCAAGUUAUCUUUGGGCACAUGAAAGAAUUCACAGUGAAAAGAAACCAUUUGAGUGUAAAGCAUGUAGUAAAAAAUUCAGUUUUUCAAAUAGUCUUCGAAUACAUGAAAGAACUCACAGUGGAGAGAAACCCUAUGAAUGUAAAGUCUGUAGUAAAACAUUCCUUUGUUCCAGUAAUCUUCGAACACAUGAAAGAAUUCACAGUGGAGAGAAACCCUAUAAAUGUAAACUAUGUAGUAAAACAUUUAGUUUUUCCAGUAGUCUUCGGACACAUGAAAGAUUUCACAGUGGAGAGAAACCUUAUGAAUGUAAACAAUGUAGUAAAACAUUCAGUCAAUCUAGUCAUCUUCAUAUACAUGAAAGACUUCACAGUGGAGAGAAACCCUAUGAAUGUAAGUUGUGUAGUAAAGCAUUCAGUCUUUCCACUAGUCUUCGAGAACAUGAACGAACUCACAGUGGUGAGAAACCCUAUAAAUGUAAACUAUGUAGUAAAACAUUCCGGCGAUCCUGUCAUCUUAGGCAACAUGAACAAACUCACAGUGGAGAGAAACCCUAUCAAUGUAAGCUAUGUAGUAAAACAUUCAGUUCUUCCAGUAGUGUUCGGACACAUGAAAGAAUUCACAGUGGAGAGAAACCCUAUCAAUGUAAACUAUGUAGUAAAACAUUCAGUUCUUCCAGUAGUCUUUGGACACAUGAAAGAAUUCACAGUGGAGAGAAACCCUAUGAAUGUAAACAAUGUGGUAAAGCAUUCAGUCGGUCUAGUAGUCUUUGGGCACAUGAAAGAACUCAUAGAAGGAGAGAAACCCUAUUAAUGUAAACAAUGCUUUAAGACAUUUAGUUGUUCCAGUAACCUUCGGUCACAUGAAAGAAUUAUCAAUGGAGAGAAACCUUAUUAGUGUAAAGUAUGUAGUGAAACAUUCAGUUUUUCAAGUAAACAUGAAAAAAUUCACAGUGUAUAGAAACCCUAUGAAUGUAAACAAUGUGGUAAACAUUCAUGGUUUCUAGAUCUUUCCAGUUACAUGAAAGAACUCACAGUGGAGCAAAAGAAACUUCAUGAAUGUAGACAAUGUAGUCAAACAUUUAUUUAAGAUACUUUUUUUUUUUUGGAGACUUGAAAGAUAUCACAGUGGAGAGAAACUCCAUGAAAGUAAGCAGCAAAACAUUGGUUCAGGCCAGUCAUCUUUGUCAACAUGAAAUAACUCACAAAGGAGAGAAAUUUGAUAAAUGUAAGCAGUGUUGAAAACAUUCCGGUAUUCUGGUCCUCUUUGUAGACAUGAAUGUGUUCACAGUGAAGCAAAACCCUAUGAAAGUAAUAAAGCUUUAGAUGUUCACUAAUUUUCAAACACAUGAAAUAUUUGCAAUGGAAAUCAAUCUUUUGAGCAUAAGUUGUGUACUAAGCACUAGAGAGAGGGAUGUAACCUGAGACAUGAUGCAGAGACUAGUGGUUCAAUAUAAUAGAUCUCAGGAGUGAUCUUCUGCACUACAUGGGAAGGAGUUAUGUUCUGUAUUAUUGUCUCUCUAUCUCUCCAUCUUGUGUUAAUAUAUAAGUAAAUAUGUCUAAAUAAUUGUAAGGAUAACAGUUCCAUGAUAUAUAAUUGAACCCAUACCUCUGAAUAUUCAAUAAAUGUAAGGAAUAUGAAUAA